AAAUAUGUUUCCAGCAAAUCCUUGCAUCCUGUCCUUUAUUUAGCCUGUUUCCAACUUCCCUGGGCUCUCCUCCCCAUGGAAGUUAUCAUAAAUGUGAUAUUAAGAAGUAGAGGGUGAAAUUGGGACGUUGGUUGGGCAGCAUGUGAAAUUCUUCAGUGUGGAUGAUGAAGUGGCCUUUUGUGAGAUAUCUUAGUGGCAAGUCCCUCAUAUUAUAUGCAAAGAAGAAAACAGCUGAAAAGGAUGCUGAGAUAAUCUUGGGAGUGACUGAUGGCAAAAAGGUAUGGAUAGCAUCUCUGCAAGAUGCUAACCAGCCUUUCACCUCUCCAGAGAUUGUCAGGGAGAAUUUGGAGCAGGGGAAAUAUGAGGUGACCCAGAAAGGUGAGGAGUUUCUUUGUCAGGCCACUGGCUUCACCAAGACAUUGACUGUAGCUGGGGCUAAGGACUCACAAGAAGAUAUCCAAAUGCUCCUUCUUCAUCUUGCCAGCAUCUCACCUUUUGCUCAACAGGAGAAGAGGACAGAGAGGACAGCUGAGUUUGUAAAGAUGCCAACAAGAGGAGGCAAGGACAAGGCUAGUCCUGUGAAGAAGCAACCUGGUAUGAGCCUUGUCAAUCCUUCCUCCAAACGAAUCAAGAAGGCUGCUGGUGUCCAAUUUACUGACUCAUGAUUUGAAUAAUUUGAUCAGUUUUUAAAAUUAACUUUCAUGCGUCUUAAUCAUGAGUUUUAGACCAUGAAACUUUUCAUGUUUUACAGCUGAUAUGGCACUUUAGUACAUAGCUAUUCUUGUCAAUGAUGAAUUUCAACCCAUUCAUGUGAAAUUUUAUCCCAGAUAUUGAUG